GGUACCAAACAUUGAAUACCUUUUGUGCAGAGAAACGGGAAACGCCGGCUUAUCAAUCAAGCUCACUUGAAUAUCUGCUUUUCGGAUUGGUGGUUUGAACGCGCCCGCGUUGCAUUAACCAAUAGACCACGUUAGUACUGUCUAUCGGGCAGCAACAAAGAAUAUCAAAUAAGUUUCAAUGCACGGGAGCAGACAACUAGCUCGUUGGCAAAUAAUUUGACUUGUGUUUAUUGUUUGUUGGUAUCAAAACAAAAGUUCCCAUAUGCCAUAAGUUUGAUUAUUAUAUACCCUCGGCAAUGGAUAGACGGUUGGUUAUUCACCUUGCACAGUAGUUGAAUGAACGCUGGAUGGCUAGCUAGCACAACAAGGCAGCUGGAGUUGAACGCCAUUGUGGGUGCUGAUAGAAAUGAUCCGGAUUGCAGCUCUUAAUGCAGCUGCGGCUGCUGCUGAUGAGACCGAAGACCAUUUGAGAAGCAGCAAGAGUCGAACCAAGGAAGCCCAGGAAGCGGAGGCUUUUGCCCUAUACCAUAAAGCUUUAGAUCUUCAGAAGCAUGACCAGUUUGAGGAGUCUACUAAGGCCUACCAUGAGCUCCUCAAAACCCCUCUUCUCAAAGAGGCCAUGCCGUCGGAUAACCAGAAGAUUGGUCUCAAACACCCAGGCCUCAUGCUUAAGUACUCUACCUUCAAAAACCUGGCGAGUCUGGCUGUGCUGAGGGACGACCUGCAGACCGCCAUGGAGUUCUACCUGGAGGCUGUGAUGCUGGAUUCCACGGAUGUAAACAUGUGGUACAAGAUCGGCCAGGUGGCCGUGCGGCUUGUGCGUAUUCCUCUGGCCCGGCAUGCGUUUGAGGAGGGCCUGCACUGUAACCCGGACCACUGGCCCUGUCUGGACAACCUCAUCACUGUCCUCUACACCCUCAGUGACUACAGCUGCUGUUUGUACUUCAUCGGCAAGGCCUUGGAAAAGGAUCAUUGUUACAGCAAAGGUUUGGUGUUGAAGGAGAAGAUCUUCGAGGAGCAACCUUGUCUGAGGAAGGAUACCAUGCACAUAUUCAUGAAGUGCAACAUGUCCGUCCACUAUGUUGAGGUGGAUGAAGAGGAGAGCCAGGCUAUCAUCCAGGAGGCCAUGGACCUGCGACGCCACAGGCAGGCUUUCUCGGUCCAGGAGCCCAAGCCAGACCUGGUGCUGGUCCAUCCAAUCCGCCGCUUCACUUGGAAGAACAUAGGCGAAAGCUUCCUGGCCAUGUACAGACACCAGACCACAUGCGAGGCGCCUCGUCCCAGUCUGGGCCGCAGGAUCGACCUGUCUGAGUACCAGGACCCCAACUGCCUCCAGGGCAUCCCCCAGCCCGCCAGUCCGGCCAGCGUGAGCCAGACUGUGCCCAGCAGCAGCCCCUGCUCCUCCCUGCCUCCCCUCCCUGCUCCAGAGCCAGCCACCCUGUCCCAGCCCAGCACCCUGGUCCACAUCGCCACCACCCAGGCCACGGUGGAGGUCACCACGACCGCCCCCGCCGACGCGAUGGACACGUCCCUCACAGAGAAGGUGAAGAAAGCCACGAAGAGGAAGAGGGUCGUCGAGGACAGCGGUGAGACGGCAAAGCGGCGCUCUGCUCGGGUCCGAAACACCAAGUGCAAGAAAGAGGAGAAGAUUGACUUCCAAGAGCUGCUUUUCAAAUUCCUACCCUCCAGACUCAAGAAGUUCGACCCGGAGGAUGAUGAUGAGAGCCUGAGUAACCUGGAGGCCAGGUGUGACGUCAAGCAGGACUCCCAGUUCCUCAACGGCAGCUGUACACCUCUGGAAUCCAUAGAAUACAUGGAAUCAGAACAACAGGAUGUCCACAGCUUCCUGCUCAACAACAUGACCAACGGGGGCAUACUGGACCUUAUGGUGCGCUACCUGAAGGCCGUGUGUCAGAGGUUCUUGGAGGAGUGGCCUCGAGGGCUGGUUGCCGUGGUGCUGGAGGUCUAUCAGACCUGGAGGAAGCACAGCAGCGGGGUGCCUAACCCCUUGCUGCGAGACUGCAGCAACCAGCACAUCCGGGAGAUGCUGGUGAUGAGCUUGUCCUGCAUGGAACUGCAGUUGGAGCAGUGGUCACACACAAAAGGCAAAAACGUGUCUCCCAGAAAGAGUGGCGUAGGUCAGAUGGGCGAUGCAGGCGUCCCAGACUUCCCUGGGCAGCACUUCCAGGCUGACCUGUCCCAGCUGGCUCUGGGCUCCUCUCAGAGGGACCUGUUUGAGGACAGCUGGCUCCCAGUCGGAGUGCGUGUGUACUGGCUCAAGGCACACUUUCUCACCCUGCAAGGUGACAUGGAGCUGGCGCUGGAGAACUACGACAUGUGUGCAGGGCUGUUGCAGAGCCAGCCCAAAUCCCCAGAGGGAAAGGAGUACACCAUCUACCUGCCCAACCUGAAGGUGGACGGGUCCAUCUCCCUGGAGGAGAUUGCCAAGAAACUGAAGUCUUUGGAGCGCUGCCAGUCUCUGGAGGAGAUCCAGCGGCUCCACGAGACGGGAGACCACCAGGCGGUGGUGCGCCUGCUGCAGGCCACGCUUCCCUACGGAGGCUCCGGCCGGGGCAAGCCUCCGGACUUCGUCAGCUCCGCCCCCGAAAGGCCCGCCCAGCUGCUGCUGCUGCAGAACUCUCUGCUGAAGCUGAAGGACUACCAGCAGUGCCUGGAGAGCACCGAAGUGGCCCUGAACGAGGCCCUGCAGCAGCUAAACUCGACGUCGGGCAGCUCCUCUCCCUCGCUGAAGGAGGAGUGGGUGUCCACCAUCACCCAGCUGUUGGGGGGGAUCAGGCUGUGCUUCUCAGAGGAGCCGCAGCUGCUGAGCAGCGUGCCUCGCUGCUCCAGCAUGGCCCGCCUCGCCAACAACCUCAUCCAGCUGAUUGACCUCAGCAUGGCCAUCCCGGACGAUCCCAAGGAGCCUCAUUUCUCCUCGGUCGUCCCCUGGGUCCUACUGCACCACAUCAUCAAGCACGAGGAGGCGGCCUUCGACUGCAUGCUCCGCCAGCACAUGGCCGUAGGGGACGAGGAAGAUGACUCGGACAUGCCCAUGCUGCCCUCGUCGCUGAUGCUGCUGAACACGGCUCACGAGUACCUGGGCCGGCGCUCCUGGUGCUGCAACUCUGACGGAGCCCUCCUCAAGUUCUAUGUGGAGGUCCUGGAGAAGGAGCUGGCUGCUUCCAGCAGGCUGGACUCCCACCCCUACAAGGAGGAGUUAGAGAUGGCCCUGGAGCAGUGCUUCUUCUGCCUCUACGCCUACCCCAGCAAGAAGAGCAAGGCCCGCUACCUAGAGGAGCACUCGGCCCAGCAGGUGGAGCUGCAGUGGGGAAACGCCCUCUUCAUGUUCCAGUACUUCAAGCCCAAGACCCUGCCGGAGUUCGACAGCUACAAGACGAGCACGGUGUCGGCCGACCUGGCCAACCUGCUGCGACGCUUCUCCGGCAUCGUGCCCUGCGGCGACGCCCCCUCCCUCAGCAUGGACGAGGUGGCGGCCUACAUCGAGGGGGUCGGCGAUAAGGUGCCUGCUCUCCCCGAGGGAGGCUCUCCUGCUCCCCCCAUCGUGGAUGAGAUCUAUUACCUCCUGGGGGAUUACCACUUCAAGAACAAGGAGCAGUCCAAAGCCAUCAAGUUCUACAUGCAUGACAUCUGUGUGUGUCCAAACAGGUUUGACUCGUGGGCGGGCAUGGCUCUGGCCAGGGCCAGCCGCAUCCAGGACAAGCUGAACUCCAACGAGCUGAAGAGCGACGGGCCCAUAUGGAAGCACUCCCUGGCCGUGCUCAACUGCUUCAAGAGGGCCCUGGAGAUCGACGCCUCCAACCUGUCCCUGUGGAUCGAGUACGGCACCAUGUCCUACGCCCUGCACUCCUUCGCCUCGCGCCAGCUCAAGCAGUGGAGGAGCGAGCUGCCCCCAGAGGUGGUGAAGCAGAUGACGGAGAGGAGAGACUCCAUGCUGGAGACGUCGUCCCAGUGCUUCCAGGGAGCGUCUCGUUGCGAAGGGGACAGUGACGAGGAGGAGUGGCUCAUACACUACAUGCUGGGGAAGAUCGCGGAGAAACGCAAGCAGCCGCCACGAGAAUACCUGCAUCUCUACAAGCGGGCAGCACAUUACUUGCAUGAGGAGGCAGCCAGAUACCCACGCAAAAUACACUAUCACAACCCACCAGACCUGGCAAUGGAAGCCCUGGAGCUCCACUUCCGCCUGGGCGCCUCCAUCCUCAAGCUGCUGGAGGCGGGCGAGGGCGAGGCCGACCUGGAGCACGAGCUGCUGUUCACCCUGCUGGCCGAGGCCGCCGCCGGCCCCUUUGCCCGGGGAGCGGAGAAGAGCAUGCCCAAGUCCCAGGAGAAGGAGAAGCCCCCCUCCAUGAUGGACGAGGACUCGCACGGUUCCUCCGUGUGCGCGGCGGCGGGGGCAGGCUGUCACGGCGGCGCCCCCCCGCCCCCCUCCAGCGCCCCAGGUCUGACAUCCCCGCCUUACACGGCCACACCGGUCGACCAUGAUUACGCCAAACGUAAAACCCUGCGACGCAAGCAGCAGACGUGGCAGCAGCAGCAGCAGCAGGAGCAUAAGGAGCAGCAGGCUGAUGCCUCACCAGAGCUUGACCACGAUUACUGCCUCCCUCCAAAGUGCCUGACAUCCCUGAAUGAGCGCAGUCAGGACAGCGAAGUGGUGAUGCUGUCUGACUCCAACUCCACCCAGGAUCCCUUCACGGACCCCGCCAGCUCCCAGGACAGCAGCCACAAGCUGGCGUCCGGCAAGGGAAGCACGUCGUCCUCCGAGAACAUCACGCCCGUCAAGCUGACCCAGCCCUCCGCCGAAGACGCAGGCUCUCCUGGGGACCAGCACACGGGGCGAGGCCCCGCGGCCCCGCAGCAGGACAAGGGUAUCCAGGAAGUCCCCGACGCGUCGUCAGGGACCCCUCCUGACACCCCCCUCCCCAAGCCCCCAGCGGACCCCGGCCCCGUCCCCGUCACGCCCCCCAAGACGGCCGCCGGGCCCCUGGGCACCCCCCAGACCCCCGUCAGCGAGGGCAAGAAGAGGGCGGAGCCCCCCCCCGAGGUGUUGAUGGUGGAAGUCCCCAGGAUCCUGCCCGCGGAGCGCGGGGAGCAGCGGAGGAUGCUGGUGGAGAUGUGCGCCGACACCCUGUUCCUCUGCCUCGGACGCUUCCCCCAGCACUACAAGAGCCUGUACCGCCUGGCCUUCUUCCAUGCCAACAGCAAGACGCACCAGAAUCUGCAGUGGGCACGAGAUGUGUUGCUAGGAAGCAGUGUCCCAUGGCAACAACUGAAGCACAUGCCAGCACAAGGACUUUUCUGUGAGAGGAACAAGACCAACCUGUUCAACGUAAGUCCCCCCCAGUUCCCUGAGCCAGUUCUCCUGUCACAGCCAGGCUGCAGGGGUCGUGGGUUCCUCCUCCUCUUCUCUCAAACCACAGCAUGUGCUCAUGGAUUUCUUACACGGAGAAUUAAGAGAGAAAAAGCAGAUGCAAUGCUAAAUGCAGUGUUUAGAUUUCUUGGGUCCAUCUUGGAGACAAUGCCUGUUGACUCCUCUUUCUCUCCAGACCAGCAGCUGUACGGAGGCAGUGAUCUGUCCAGGCUGUCUGACCCCAGUCGCAUCCGCUCUCGCAUCCCCGUCAACAUGCCAAAGCUCUUCAUCCCCUCCACCGUCACCAAGUUCCCCCCGGAGAUCACCGUCACGCCCCCCACUCCCACCCUGCUGUCCCCCAAGGGCAGCAUCUCAGAGGAGACCAAGCAGAGGCUCAAGAACGUCAUCCUGUCAUCCCAGUCCGCCGCCACGGUGAAGAAGGAGACGCUGAGCCAGCCGGCCCUGGAGGUGCAGGAGACCUCCAGCCAGGAGUCCUCCCUGGAGAGUGAGUCCGAGGAGGAGGAGGAGGAAGAGGAAGAGGAGGAGGACGAUUACAUGGACGUCUGAGAUGCUAGGCAGCUUGGUUCCUUGGGUCUCCCGUGGUCCCCUGCUCAGAGCUCUGGGACUCUGGGGCAGCCUGGGCCUGGGCCUCUACCUUCAGCUGGACCCUGACUUCCUCAAGCUUCUCCAGUGGGUCCGGGUCCCACCGAAUGGACCACCACUGCAGCUUGUUUGUCUCUGUUCUGGCCGCAGUUGUCUUUCUAUCUUCGACUGUGUAUUCACAAACGGAGCGAGGGGGACAUUCUGGAGUGAUCCGUGUGGGUCAUCCUCCUACUGUUGUGUGUGGUUGGACAUGUCAACGCUGUGUCCAUGGGCUGUAAUUAGUUUAACAGUAACAGGUUUACAAGCCACAUUCAUACGGAGCACACUUGCCAGACAACAAAAGUUCACUAGAAUAUUUCAUCAAAGAAAAAACAAGAGAGGGAGAUGAUUGUAGGAGUUCACUUAAAACAAUGUUGUCCAAAUGAAGUUCACUAUGCAGAAUAUUUGUCUGCAGUGCCGCCAAACCCAAGACUAUGCUUUGUGCAUAGGAAAUGAAUCUUAUUUCAGUUUAUGCAUCUUUUUGGCGGGCUGAGAUCUGGCCCGUCUUGUGGUUGUAGCGCCUAUAGCUACGUCCCAAUUAACAGCUGAGCAGCCAAUCAGCAUGACUGCUGUUCCCACAAGCACGAGACUCACCUACGCAACGAGCUCACGUUCAAAAGGACGUUUGUAUGAGGGGGGGGGGGGGGGGGGGGGGGGGGGGGG